CAGUAAUAACGUUCCAGUGGCCAAAUCGAAGAGAACCCCAAAUAAAGUACCGCCAAAGAAACCUGGAAAUGAACUUAUGGAAAUGGAUCCAAAAAUGAGAGGAGAAUGCUCGUCGUCAGCAACAUCCGAGCCUGACGAUCAAAACUGGCUGUGGCCGGAGCAAAAUAAAUGCGGCAUGUGUGCAGAUGGCGGAACAAUUAUAUGGUGUGAAACAUGUCCUGCUUCAUUCCAUGCCUUUUGUCUUGGAUUAAAAACCAUUCCGGAACCGGAGAAGGACACGUUCAUUUGUCACAGAGACAAAAUAAGUAAAAACAAUAGACUGGCAGUACCAUCCGAGGGAAAAGUUUUCAUACAGAACGUUUUCUUGCAAACUAUGGGGAUGUUGAAUCCUAUGAAUACUAAAAUUCCCGAAAUAGAAGCAUUCCACGAGACGAUAAACGUUGCAAACACCGACAUUCAAACUUCGACAAAGAAUACCUCGCUUGACGGCAAAAUUAAACAAUAUAGUGAUUUGGAAGAACGUAACCUGGACAUUUUCAUCAAAUGCUGCGAGAGCAUGCUGGAACUCAGAAAAAUACUGGAAGCUGAAAACCUCGAUUUGCUUCCGAGAGCUGGAAAAUGUGGAACUAAGAGAACAACAGUAGCUGCUACACUCAAAAUAAUAAAACUGCGUGGCGUGUACUGCAGAAAACCUCAUAUUUAG